GAGAGAGGCAGGGCGAAAGAGAGAGAGAGCGGAGGGGGGCGUGGCGUACUGUAAGCAUGGUGUGUUUGGGCAGAUGGAUCCUUCUGGCUCCCUUGCACUCGACGUUUACUCCUCAAACCGAUCACCGGGAACCCCUAAUUUACCAGCCUUCGACCGUGUGUAAUUAAUUACCCGAUUCUACUUAAUGAGGUGAGCCCUGGGCGCCGAGCGUGCUAGCCAAUAACCAUGCUGCGCCAAUCUGAGCCUACCAAUAGCACGUUGCACCUGGUUGCUACGGAUAUGAGUGAAAUUAUGGAGAAUUUGGACACUCGUGAGCUGUACCUAGGAGACGGGGAAUAUGACACUACAGACUUUAAACUCCCAGAGGAGCGUCGGGGCUUUGCGUCUGUCUACAAUACUGUGGGGUUUAAGGAGGCAGAGGUCAAGGUGUUUCUCUCCUCUCCCAUCACCGCUAAGAUACUAGAAGUGGAGAGAUUCACCUCUGCACAGGACCGCUUCAAUAUCACAUCACAGCGCAGUGUCAACAAGAGUCUGCCUGCGGUAUUUAAGAUUGAAAUGAGACAUGGAGAGUUCAGCUGGGUGGUCAAGAGGAAGGAGAAACACUUCCUGGACCUCCAUAGAGAACUGCUCCGAUACAAGACUUUCAUGAGAAUACCACUACCCUCCCGCAGCCACACAGUGAGAAGGCAUAGUGUUCGGAGGUCAGAGGUCAGGGCCAUGCCCACUCUGCCACGGGGGAGCGGGGAUGAGCUGGCCCGGGAGGAACAGGUGUCCAGCAGGAGGAAAGCAUUGGAGGACUACCUGAACAAGCUGCUGAAGAUGUCUAUGUACAGAAACUACCAUGCUACGAUGGAGUUCAUAGACGUCAGCCAGCUAUCCUUCAUCCAUGAUCUGGGACCUAAAGGCUUAGAAGGGAUGGUGUACAAGCGGUCAGGUGGUCAUCGUAUCCCAGGACUUAACUGCUGUGGUCAUAGCAAGAUGUGCUACCGCUGGUCCAAACGCUGGUUGGUGGUGAAGGAUUCAUUCCUCCUCUACAUGAAGCCAGACUCGGGAGCCAUUGCCUUUGUUCUCCUGGUGGAUAAAGAGUUCUGCAUCAAAAUGGACUCCAAAGACACAGAGACCAGACACGGAGUACGGAUUGAUAGCCUUUCCAGGGCCCUGGUGUUGAAAUGCAGCAGCUACAGACAUGCCAGGUGGUGGGGUCAGGCCAUCGAGGGCUUCGUCCAGAAGCAUGGCUCUGCCUUCCUGACCGACCACCGCUUCGGUUCCUUCGCCCGACAGGAGCACAACAUCCCAGCCAAAUGGUAUGUGAAUGGGAAGACCUACAUGGCCGACGUGGCAGACGCUCUGGAGGAGGCUGAAGAAGAGAUCUUCAUCACUGACUGGUGGCUGAGCCCUGAGAUCUUUAUGAAGAGGCCGGUUGUCGAGGGAAACCGCUGGCGCCUUGACUGCAUCCUGAGACGCAAAGCGCAACAGGGAGUGCGUAUCUUUGUGAUGCUGUAUAAGGAGGUGGAGCUAGCUCUGGGCAUCAACAGUGAAUACAGCAAGAGAACACUAAUGCACCUCCACCCCAAUGUCAAGGUGAUGCGUCAUCCGGACCAUGUCUCCUCCUCUGUAUAUCUGUGGGCGCAUCAUGAGAAGAUCAUCAUCAUCGACCAAUCAGUGGCCUUCGUGGGUGGGAUCGACCUGGCUUACGGUCGCUGGGAUGACAGAGAGCACCGUCUGACGGACGUGGGGAGUGUGACGCGCUCUGUAGCCCUGGAGCAGGCUGAGGGAUCCUCCUUCAAGAUGGCCACCGCACCGACCAGUAGUUCUGCCCCUAGCAAUGGGAAGGGUGCUGCUGCCCUGGUAGUGGACUCAGGGGACCAGCCCAAGUUGAAGGGUCUGGGGAGAAUUAGGAGGACAGGGUUCAGUAUGAAGAGACACCUGCAGAAACAUGGACUGGCCCACGCCGACUCUGUUAGCAGUGUGGAUAGCUCAGAAGAGAAGACGGUGCGUAGCAUGCAAACAGGAAUAGGAGGAGUAGGAGAGUUGGUUGGAGAUACAAGAUUCUGGCAUGGGAAAGACUACUGCAACUUCGUAUACAAAGACUGGAUCCAACUGGACAAGCCCUUUGACGACUUCAUUGACAGACACACCCACCCCAGGAUGCCGUGGCAUGACAUCGCCUCCGUGGUUCAUGGGAAGGCUGCCAGGGAUGUGGCCAGACACUUCAUCCAGCGCUGGAACUUCUGCAAGAUAAUGAAGCCAAAGUAUCGUUCUCUCUCCUACCCGUACCUCCUCCCCAAGUCUCACACUACCGCAGGAGAGAUCAGAUACCAGGUCCCCAACUGCAUCCCUGCAAAAGUACAGAUCCUGCGCUCAGCAUCCGACUGGUCAGCUGGUAUAAAGUACCAUGAAGAAUCCAUCCACAACGCCUACGUCCACGCUAUCAAGAACAGCCAACACUACAUCUACAUAGAGAACCAGUUCUUCAUCAGCUGUACUGAUAACAGACAUGUCUUCAACAAGAUAGGAGACGCCAUCGCUGAACGCAUCAUCCAAGCAUACAAGGAGGGUAAGAAGUUCAGAGUGUACGUAGUGACCCCCUUGUUGCCCGGCUUCGAAGGAGACAUCAACACCGGAGGAGGCAGUGCCAUUCAGGCUGUCAUGCACUACAACUACAGAACCAUGAACAGAGGAGAUUGUUCCAUCAUAUCUCAGCUGAAGAGAGAAAUGGACGAGCAGUGGAUGAACUACAUCUCGUUCUGUGGUCUGAGGACCCAUGCUGAACUGGAAGGACGCCUGGUCACAGAGCUCGUCUACGUCCACAGCAAGAUGCUCAUCGCAGACGACAACACCGUCAUCAUAGGUUCGGCCAACAUCAACGACCGCAGCAUGUUGGGGAAGCGUGACAGCGAGGUGGCGGUGAUCGUCGAAGACUCGGAGACCGUUACCGCGGUGAUGGAUGGACAGGAGUACCAGGCUGGUCGCUAUGCACUGGCACUACGUCUAGAGUGCUUCAGGACUAUCCUAGGGGCCCAUACUGAUCUGUCUAUAGACGUGUCUGACCCUCUCAGUGAUCACUUCUACAAGGAGAUUUGGAUGACCACCUGUGCUCGCAACGCCACUAUCUAUCAGAAGGUGUUCCGGUGCCUUCCCUCCAGUGAUGUCAGGAACAUCCUGGAACUGGAAGGCUAUCUGGCCAAGCCGGGGUUGGAGAGGGAGGAUUCUGCACGCGCUCAUGAGGAGCUGAAGAAGAUCCGUGGCUUCCUGGUCCAAUUUCCGCUCGACUUCCUAUCUGAGCAGAAUCUACUUCCUCCCAUCGGCUCCAAGGAGUCCAUGGUCCCCAUGGAGGUUUGGACCUGAGACCCGAGACCAGAGACUUUACACACACACACUCCACAUUCUAUACCAGAGAACUCUACCAGUGUCUGGAGUGAUGCGGUCAUUCCACUCUGGAGUGUGUGUCUGAAAAGCAGACAGCACCUUCACGUUUACAUUGAAAAGAAGAUAACAAAGGAGGAGGAGAAGACAAUGGAGUGAUUAACUGUGUGACCUUACACAUACCUGUCUGUGUAGUUUAAGGGAAUGUAACUGACUGCUCUGUAACUGUUCUGUACUGUUUACUAACACUAUGGAUCGCCGUGAGGGCUGGAGAACGCAGCUCAGACUCCUCUGCGUGAUGUUUCUAUGAAAACAUACUAAGGCCUUAGAAUAAUGUAAGACAAAAAAAGACAAGAGGGAGAAAAAAAGGAGAGUGUGAUAUCGGAGACUGUUAGAAAGGGAGGGGGGGGGGGAGUUGAGAGAGAGCUCUGUGCCCUUGCAGUCACAAUGUGCAGGUGAAAUCUUAAAGCCCUGCCCUUAACACCAAAAUGAAAUCACAUGAACUCAACACAAGUGCCAAUUAUUGAUACGGUAAUGUUAAUGCAGUAUACCUUCUCUUACUUUCCUCAUAUUCAUUCUGUGGAUUUCAGACUAUGACCUUCAGGAUCUCUGUUUCUACUAGCGUGCCUUUAGGUCUCUAGAGGGCUAGACACCCUGUACAAUAGCAAAACACAAAGGGACAUUGUAUUCCAUCUUGGAAUGUUGUAUGAUGCUGCACGUAGCUGUUAGCAUGCUAGCUAGUCACUGCAUGUAUCCAUUAGCAUGAAAACAAGUCAGUCUGCUGUGUGUUGCUGGUAACUUGUCAUGUUAGCUACCAGUCCAUGCAAUCAUUAGCAUGCUAGCUAGAGUCAGUCCAUUUUUAGCUACACCCGGCAUGUAGCUACAGUAGCAAGGUUGGUCUUAAUUCUAAUUGAAGACAGUCAGUUCAGGAAGUGAUUUUGUAUUAAAAUAAAAUUGAAAUAAAUAGCUGCUUUUCAGUUUGAGAAGUCCUUGAAAAUUAAAUGCUAUUUUUUUCCAAUAAUUGAUUUGUAGUUUACUUUGAAUUGAGCCCAACCCUGGUAGCUAACUGAUUUGCUUACCGUUUGCUUGCUAGUAAAUGGCUGGACUGUGGUCAUUAUACCAAAGUUAAGUUAUCUUCUUACUUUACUGAGUGUAACAGUUCUGUCAGAGAUAAGAGGUCUCCAUGGGAGGAAGUCCCAACUCAUAACGGUCUCAUAUCAGAAUGUAUCAACAAUGCUCUGUCCCCCUUUCUCUCUGUUCCUUCUAAUUUAUUUUCUCUGUCCUGUCGUUGUUCCUCUUUAGGACAUUUCUCUUUCACUCUACCUUUCAUUAGCCUGUUUCUAGAAAUUGCACUUUUUGCACAGACUGAUUGUGUCUUGUAGGAAAACCCAAAUACUGAUAAUUCACGUAUUUAAUUAUUUGUGCGUUGAUGAAAUGAAUAUUAACUAUUAAACAUUUCUGUUUUU